CAGCUCAAUCCGAUGCGCAUUGGAGGUUCAAAAGUCAAGCGGCGCAUGAGCGAAAUCGGUGUUCCUUGGUUUGCGCAGUUGUGGAGUGGUCGUAGUCAAAAUUCUUUAGAAAAAAAAAAUGGCACGAGACACCUCAAAGACUAAACUUUCAAGGCAUCUCCUCGACAUGAAGUUUAUGAAAAAAAGCAAGGAAAAGGCACAAAAGGAUGAGGAGGAUGAAGAACAUCGCUCAUUAUACAACAGCGAUGCAGUGGACACUAUAAUAAAGGAGGGGUCACGUUACAUUAUUCAAGAAAGCUAUGCACCUUGCUUAGACCUUGUUCUUCCUAGAAUGUCUUUUAAGGGCCGUAAUCCUGAAAUUGAGCGAUUGAUGCAAGGUGAAAAUGAAAAGGAGCUUCCAACAUGCAAAAUGCCGGGCAUUCCAGAUGAAGAAAUGGCUGAAAGGUACUCCACUCUGGUUGGAACAAUGGCUAAAAAGUUUGACGAAAGAAAGAAAGCCACCCUGUGUUCUCAAGAAACAACUCACAAGGCAAAAGUGCUAAAGCGCUUUAAGUUUCAGAGGCCAUCAGAUGAUUGAGCGGGCAAGAACAUUCCUGGUCGUGCACAAGGACUUUCACCAUUGAGCUAUGUUGUUAUUCUACAUUUGUCAGAAUCAGUUGACCUUUCGGCCUCAUUGCAUGAAGAUACCACUUUUGUGUUGCAUAACUGUAUUCUUUGGUCUGCUUUUGUUAUAACCAUCACUAAUCGAAGGAAGGAGACACAGUUGAAGGUGUGUGUGUGUAUUGUGAAAAGAGAAAGGGGGCAAUGUCUUAAUUAGUGAUAUCUGCUUGCAUGCUUACGAUCAUUAAAGAAAUCAUGAAGAAAAAAUGAAGCUGCUUGGUUGUAAUUUUCCCAGCUUCGAUGAGGAUUAUACAUGCCAAUUCUGAAAUAUUUUGGCCUAAUAUCCAAUCCAUAUUUUUAUGCCUGUUUGAAAUAGCAGUUUUCUUGGGCUCCUAAACGACCAUGUGGCACCACCAUAGGCACUAACAUGUGAUGUCAGUUGGACGACAUGCAUAUAGAAGCUUUCUUUUGCUCUGAAAUAAUGGUUCAUAGGGACAUAGGAAGGAAAAAAAUAACACUGCACUUUUUACGUUUUGAGUCGUAUACUGUGCGAGUACAGCAAGUGGUCUGCUUCGUUCAGGUACACCCGGGCUCUGCCACGUGUUGCCUUCUCUUGCUCGGUGCAGCGUGGCAGUUUUUUUUCUUCUUACUGGUAGUGUUGGGUUGUUUUUCAUGCCGUGUUUUGGGUGGGUUAGUCCUCGCUGUGCCUACUGUGUGCAUUGUCAGACAGUGCCACUCAACUUAUCAAAGUGGAAACAACGUUUGUGACCUCUUUACAGCACCGUAGGUGAGACGGCAUGAUGAUUUGAACCUCAGUCAACUGUGGCUCGGCAAACAUUGCUGCGUUGCCAUGUUUUGUAGAUGGCAAACUUUUCAUUUGGUGAGUUAAAGUGACGUGAGCUGUACAGUUGAGGGGAACAUGAGCCGGGGAAUCAAAAUUGUGCUUUUAUAGCUAUUGACAAACCCGGACAAUGAAACUACAAUUUAUAACUACCGCUUAUAACGUAAGUCACGGGAGUCGGGAAUAUUCGCACUAUAAGCGGUACCGCCCUAUAACCAAAACAACCUUUUUCAAGGGCCGCACUUGCGCAAAACGUGUUGAGCAUGCAGUUUCGCGUGUGCGAGAAUUAAAACAAGCGAUGCGUGCUUGCUAACAUUUAAAUUUCUUAAUGUGAAAAGAAUUUAACGUCCAAGGACACGCGUUGCCAAUGAAACGAAAGGGGGAGGGCGGGUGUCUAACAAACGAAAGAAUCAUCGCGGAAAUUCGCCAACUACCAGACCGCCUCGAUUAUGCACAUUACACAGAAACUAUGUCGAAUCGCAUCCAGAAUUUGACGCCUGGAAAGGCACCAACCGUUCGAUUUCAUGAACGCGCACCCGACUUAAGACAUCGCAUGGCGAGCCACUAUUUGAGUGCUACAUGUGCCGCCAUCGUUUUCAUUUAUGACAUGCACCUUUCCCGUCAAGUGUGGCCACCGCAAAGAAUUUCAUUGAUUUGGUACCUAACUGCAACUAGAUUCACGCGACCACUGCCGAUCGAAGCGAAGCCAAUGCCGAUUAGGUCUAGCUUGCCGUUUGGUAUGUUGUUGCGGGAAGUUUAUCCAAAACAUGAAGAUUCAGCG